AAUGUAAAGAUCAUCUCGACGUCGACCAGUUGGCAAAGGCGGAUCAAUUUACAAGUUCACAAGUUGGGAGGCAAGAUCUUCAACCCAGCACGAUCAAGAUUCAAAACAAUAUGAUCUCGUCCUAUCAGCAUACCAAGUGACAAACAAUUCUUCAAAGACGGUCACUGGCGUCGUGUUUUCUAUGUGGUAUCCCACAAGAUCAAAAAAUGUAAUCGGAGGCAGGCUAGGUCCUCAGAUCAAUUCUAAAGUUGAAGAAGAUCGCAAAUAAGCAUACAGAUCAUGAUGAGGUCCGAUGUAAAUAAUGGCACGAGGAUCUGGAUCAAGUGUAUAAUUGUUGUCCUCAUUCAGUGACGAGUCGAGAGGCUGUAGUAUCAAUCCUGACAUACUCUACUAGUUUACAGUGAAACAAGUUAAUUUGGAGCGCUCGAGUGUGUAGAAGGUUGUAAAGAGGGCAUCAAGUAGGGAAGUAACUGUGGGUUAUAUUGGUGACUAAAUCAUAUAACGUCCAACGCGUGAGCUUUCGCACGUUUUUUCCCGAAACUCCUCUGAAUUCUAGUUUUCGUAGUAGUUUGUGCCCUUGUGUGAAACCGUUGUGUCUUGUUUUUAUCUGUAAUGCACCUCUUACUUUUAUCCCUUCACCUUCCAUGUUUUGAAAUUUUUCUUGUGGCACUACUUUUUCCCCAUUGGUUCUACUACUCUCAUGUAUAUCUAGUUCUAGCUUGAAAAAAUGUUGCAGUCGUUGUUAAAUGCGCAGCGUUCGCCUUAUUUUGGAACAGCGUCACCGCUUUUUGGCUCUGAAGAUGCUUCUGCUGAGCUUGUGGAGGAACUUGAACACGCCUUGUCCAAAACUGAGAUCAAGCCUAACGUUGGUGGAGAAGCGAUACUAUCUUCGCCAAGUAGUGAAGAUUACCACCUGAGACUGUUCAGUAUCAACGGCGACGUUCUGGUGGAAGUGCCGCUAGAAAAAGCGGAAGAUUUGCGGGAGGAAACGACAAGUGCCUCAUCAACAGAAUGGGGAAAGUGUUCUGAUGGGGAUAAGAGACCUACGGUUCGAUUCAGUAUCCCAAGUGAAGCCUGGGGUCCGACAGACGAGCUUGUGUUGCGUGGACCGGACAGAGAAGUGCUGGAGACUGUAGGCGACGUUACGGGACUCGCAGUGCUGCAUUUUCAACGGAUUCGCGCACUGCAUUUUCAGGCACGUCAGGAUGCGAUUGAGCGUUGUUUUCCAGUGGAUCUGAGAGAGACGGUUAAUGGUCGAGACGAUGUUCCGGCAAUCAAGCAUGGCGUUGCGAAUAUGCCAAUCUUUGAAGAAGAAAUAAAGAAGAGGAGCAUUAGUGUUAGUGACCACGGCUUUCGCUCAGCGUGUGAUGACGAUUUUUCGGACGAAGCUUCAUGCACCACUAGGAGUACCAGCGGUAGCUCUAUUUUUAGCAAAAUAUUUGCCGCUGUCAAUGGCGAUGAAAGAAAAUUGGAAAGGCGAUCUUCGUCCGAUGGUUCCCUCGGGGCGCCAUGCUGCAAAACGGUUCGAACAGCUGCUGAGGAACCUGCGCCUUUGACUCCGGGCUGUCCCCCUCCGCGAAGCGUCAGAAUGCGUGGUAAGUCCCAUUAUGAGCGAAUGCAACGCGCAAGCGCCUGUCUCAUCCGUGAGCGUGUAAAGAUUACGCGAACAUCGCGACGCAACACACUGAAGGCGCUUGAAGGAAAGGAAGUAGUACUCAAGGUUUUGAUUGUAGACUCGGACAUGUUUGAUUACGAUGCAGAUCUGAACGCGCGAGCGCAGAUUUACGACUACGAUCAGAUGGAUGCGGAGGAUGCGGCGGCGGAUGGUGGAGGGGGAGGCGAAGGAGCGUCGUCGCGACACCAGAUGGCGGCGCGUCUGGCGAGAGAGGUGCUGUACAAGCGGUCAAGAAGUGUAGGUGUGGUCCUUGCAUUUUACGAGCUCUCGGACGAGAAUGAGCCUGUAUGUGAGACUCACAUCAGCUCUGAAUCAGGAAAGCCGGAGGUGGAGACUUCCUUUUCGUUUAUAGACGAGCAUUCUUCGGAGGUGGUCUUUGAUAAAAACAGAGGACGAAACAAAAUGACGGAUGUCUGCAUCAGGCAGGGUGAAACUUUUACCGACAUCGAAUUUGUGGGCGCGACCACGGGCGGCGCGCUUAUCCUGCCACCUUUGGUCCAUUGCCUGCGCAAGCAGAUCCUCCAGCACUGUCUCCCUUUUACGGCGGCGGUUGACACUGCGUUCGCUUUCCUCGUUGACGCUGUCCCGAUGGUUUUGAAAAGCUGCGAGGCCGGUGCUCAGGCGCGUUGUAGCCAUGACUUAAUGACCCACGAAGGACGCAACCUACUUAGCGCGCUGCAUGAUAUUGCUCCUCAGGCGAGAGCAUUCGUCAUGAACAGGCGUCGGAGUUUGUCAGCCAUUCCGUGUUGUGAAAAGAAAUCCCCGAACCUGCAGAACGCGGACCUGCUAUUGCCUUUUCAUGCGCUGCAGUCGUGGCCAGCGCAAGAGCUCGACGAAGCAGAUGAGUUGUACAGGGACUUUUUCUCCUUCAUUGCGGCAACCCAAUUCGCAGUUGUGCCGUGGACACAGGAUCAUGCAGGCAACAACAUGAGCGCGAAGAAGCAGCGCCGUGUUCCCCUUGAAGCUACAAUUGAUGAGGACGGAAAUGCGGAUUUGACGCUCAUUGUCGUCCCUCCUACAAACUAUCCGAGAAGCUCUGAUCUGAGCAGCGACGAUUCGAGUGAUGGAGACUCCUAAAUGUAGUUUCGUUUAAGUAUCUAAAACCAGAGAGGAAAGGUGGACGACAAACCAACUUCUACUUCAAAGAAAUCGUUUCUCUGCUUGGCGUGGUAGUUGGCAGACCCUUUGGAUAGUCUACCACAAAAAUGGAAGAAGAAAGUUCAAGAGAAGAACUCGUCUUCAUUUUCUAUGUAUAGGAUUGUAUCGAGAUUCUCAUCCCGUAAACUAUGCAGAGAUUUGUUUUCACAUCCCAUUUCUUGAUGUCUAUAAGGUUGAACUUAUUUCUAACUGGUCCCGACAUGAGGCUGCAACAUAUUUAAAGCAGAUCUGAAUCUCCAUUCCUCUGCCGCUGGAUUCGUUCUCCAGAGGUAGAACAAGUAUUUGCCAUUAUGAGAAUAAAUGUCCAUUAUUGUUGUGAUCGAGGUAUUCGUGAAAAAUGAAAGAACGUCUAACAUUGCGCUAGAACAGGCCACAGUGAUGGUUUUUUCAAUGACGAAAGUUGUGGUGGAAGAAGUUUUUAUAUCAUCACCCCAAGUUGAUGAUGAACAUGGAUGCCAUGGUCGCAUCAGCAACAUGCGAUGGAUAUGAUCUUUGAAGUAUGAAAGUUAAAUUUGAAUCUAUAUCGUCUCCUGAAUUUCGUUUAGUUUUUCCCAAGUCACCACGCGAACUUCUUCUAUGUGCGGCAGUGUUCAUCGUACUUGUUAAGUUUUAGUCUCUGAGUUUCAUUCUCGUCGGUUGCGAAGCAAGUCUGUGUCUAGGAGGUUUCAAGCAUGUUUCAUGAAAAUGGC